AUGAGGUCCAUAGGACUCAGGGAGGUCAGGGGAGUUCAGGUUCCAGAGGCUUCUGGGCCAGAUUUUACAGGUGCGACUGUUGCUCAAGCUUCCCCAUCUGACAUUGAAGGCGAUGUUGAGAAAAGCUUCGUUUGUUCCAGUGAAGGGUACAGUGAAUACAAUGAAAUAAUCAAGUUGUUUCUUUCCUCAGGCAACAUGAAAAUCCGCUGCUUUUUCCAAUCUGAAAAUGAAAUUACUUCAAAGGGAAUACUGGGUGUAUUCACGUCAGGAGGACUUGCUCCCAGCUUGGGAAUCCUCAACAGUACAUAUCAUGGUAUCUUCCACUUUGAUUUAACUUUGGCCAAUAAUGGGUUUUUCUGGCAAGUUGAGAUCCCUAGAGAAAAUAUCACAAAAAACACAGAUAUUGCAGCUACAGAAGAAUGGUUAGUAAGGCUCACUUUACAUCAAGGGUUAGAUAUUUAUACUACGGAAGGAACCUUAUUGGAUCUUGUUCGAGAACCUAUUCUUCAGUGGACCCUUGGGACAAAACUGUCCCUAACACAGAUCAGUGAAUUGUAUCCACACGUGGUAGAUCUCAAAGUGGCAAAGUGCCCCUGUGCCAAUGAUGUAGCAUUACUGGGCUUCGUUUUGAAUUCAACAUAUAAUGGUGUUUUUGUAGGCUUAACAUAUUCUGGAUUUUGGAAUUACAAUGAAACCACAUGGUAUGACAUGACAGAUAUCAUCUAUUCCCAACUUCAAGAAGAACACCCAAAGCUGACACUGAUAGACAUGGUUUUAACAAAUCAUUUUUUAGUUAUCCUCACCUCUUUGGGUCUUUAUGUUAGUGGAGAUCUUCGCUAUCCAUCAACCCAGCUCAUAAAUCUUUCAAGGGCAGACUUUUGUGGUUUUGAAAGGGUUGACUAUGUCAAAGGAAGAUUGUGGUAUAAUGAAAAAUGUUUUGCUAACAGAGAACCUUUUGAAGUUGAUUAUGUUACUAUCACCUUUGAGAGGAACAAGACUCUAAGUGAGGCAAGCUCUUGUUUUUAUGGUAAAGAACCAUUUCUUAACUGGUUACCUUGCAUACCUUACAAUGUUAAAGAUGCAAAAUUUUUGCCAACUGUGAUAACAUUUCUUAUUGACCAAGAGCAGAAUACUGGAAUUUACUUCUUCUACAACUUGACCACCAGACGUAUCUCUUGUGCUGUGAGCAUCCUAAAAAAUGAUGAAUCAGUUUUCCAGAUAAAAUUUCCAACUUUCCAGUUUCCUUACUCGUUCUCUAUCCCUACUGGAAUGGUGUUUCAUCCCCGAAGCCAUUUUCUGUAUGUUUAUGGCAAUCAGUUAUGGAUUUCAAUGGAUGGCGGCAACACGUUCGAAUUAGUAGCUGACUUUUACGGUGGUGUCAUAAAGAGCAUCUAUCAUAGCUUUUAUACUUCAGAUAUUGCUCUCGUUGCCAGAAAUGGAAGGGUUUACUUAACAAAGGCAGGAUUAAGAAGAUAUGCUAGAAUUGGAGUCAUUUCUGAUAAAGUUUUUGCAUUAUACUAUGAUCACUUGGGAUUCAUACAUAAACUAGCUCCAGAUUACUUUGAUGCUGGUUCGGAAAUUGAAGCCUUUGGAAAUACUAGAACCAUUUUCGGAAAG